AGAAGGAAGGAGGUCCGUGAAAUGAUAGAGUAAGGAGAAGAGAAAUGGCAAGAGGGGGACAAACUGAGCCCUCAGGGAAGGAGCUGCAGGAACCUGCUUUCAAUAUGGUGUUGGAAGGAGACAACAUAGCGGGAGCGGGGAGGGCAGGGACCGUGGGAGAGAAAGGACAUGUACACCCUGUCAGAAGGGACAAAUGGGGAUCCUGGCACAGAGGAAGAACGGCAAUACUAGUCCCUGACGUGGGAAAACAGCUGUUGAGAUCGCACGCAGUAGAGGCAGAUGAGAAAGCAAAGGCCUGCUUAGGUGUGUGCAACGAGUUUCACCCACUGAUAUAGGAGAGGGCACACCUACACAGGACAUCAUGGGUAGGUGCAAGCUGACAUAAAGGUCAAGCUUGGUGCCACGCUAAAACAGUUGCUUUCCCUUUCUUCUUUUUCUUUCUUUUUUUUUUUUUUUUUUUAAGGGCAAAGCAGAUCUACCUUGUGGUAUUGAUAGCUUGCAGACGUACUUUUGUCCAUCAGCGGUGUUCUGGGCAGGCAUAUAAAAAAAGCAUGUGACUUCCAGCUAGUCUCUCUGGGUUUUUAGUGUUAAAAACUGCUAAAAACUUCAGUGUAUUUGACUUUAACUUGUGCAUUAACAAAUGUAGUUUGUUAACGUAGUUAAAUUGUAGAAGUGCCAGCAAUGGUAUAACAGAUACUGGCUUGGAGAGGUGUAAGCAAGGGUUGUCUUCAGAUAGCAAAUGGGAUGGAUGGUAAUAGUGUGUUGGCUCGGAAUUGUCUCGGAGACUGGACUGUCUGUCAGUGGUUCCUUAGGCAGAAGGAAGCUGUCCUAAAACUGGAGGCAAUCAACACUGGAAUCCUCAGUGCUGUUUCAAGACAACUUUUGGAUUAGGAUUGCAUCUCAAAGCAUUGCUUAGCACCUAACAUAGUUGAUGCAAAAAACUGAUGCACGCUUCUCAAAUUCGCACAUCCAUGGGCAGAGAUACUGACCCACUUGCGACAGAAAACAACUUUUUUUGUCGUCUACUGAUCGGGGUGUUGGGGGAGGGCACUCCCAUGGAGGAUCUGGGAGUCAGAAUGAUGGGAUCAGUUCAAAAGCAUCUCUUCUGUAAUCGGGCAGGGCGCACAGCUCUGCUGAUACAUCUUCCUCCACAGCAGACUGUCGCUUUCAUCCAAAGCUGUCGCAGGUCUCUGACAGUGCCUCAGUCUAGACCUACUGCUUUUGCUACUGUUCUCCUUACGGCUCACCAUGUCAUUCUACCAAAAAAAUCUCCUCUCACCCUGCUAUUCUGCUACAGGAUCUCCCCUGUGCCCAGACCAGGCGCUUUAUUAAUUUGUACCAUAUGCAGCUGUUGGUAAGCUUUUAGUAGUUAAUGCAGAAAGAGAAGUUCCCAUUUUAAUGGUAGUUUCAUGUUUAUUCAGUAAAAACUACAGUAGACAAAUAAUAUCUAGGCAGUAACCUUUCAAAACUUGGAUGACAGGUAAAGAACAAGUUUCAGAAAUUAUCAUCUUCUGGUAGGUUUUUUUUCUCACUUCUACGUCUAUGUUUAAAGAAUGAACAUCCUUCGGGUUGGAAGGGACCUUAAAGAUCAUCUAGUUCCAACCCCCCUGCCAUGGGCAGGGGCACCUCCCACUAGACCAGGCUGCUCAAAGCCCCAUCCAGCCUGGCCUUGAACACUUCCAGGGAUGGGGCAUCCACAACUUCCCUGGGCAACCUGUUCCAGUGUCUCACCACCCUCAGAGUUAAGAAUUUCUUCCUGAUAUCCUAUCUAAAUCUACCCUCUCUCAGUUUGAAGCCAUUACCCCGUGUCCUAUCAUUACACUCCCUGAUAAAGAGUCCCUCCCCAUCCUUCCUUUAGGUACUGGAAGGCUGCCAUAAGGUCUCCCCGGAGCCUUCUCUUCUCCAGGUUGAACAACCCCAACUCUCUCAGCCCAUCCUCAUAGGAGAGGUGCUCUAGCCCUCUGAUCAUCUUCGUGGCCCUCCGCGGGACCCAUUCCAACAAGUCUAUGUUGGAGUUGACCAGGCCACGGCUCUUCUCCUCCCUGCUGAUGGCGACACUGCAGUUCUCAAUGACGUGUGUGCCAGUCCUUUGCCUGCAGUUUAUUCUCAUGUUGACAUUUGCACAAAGUGGUUUCUUGUACUGUGGAGCAAUUCUGCUGGUGGGGAGCAAGGACUUAGGUAUCCUAUGGAAGUAAGGACUCUUCUCUUACAUGGCACCUGCAGUGGAGUUCCAGGCUCUAUGUUGUGUUUUACCGCCUCAGAACAAGUAAUACAUGUUCCCAGUGACAUCCAGCCCUUUCUGUUUGAAAACCUCAUCUACACUUACCGUAUCUUCAGGGAACGCCAAGGAUAUUUUAGAAUACAGACUUCUGAAGGUGUCCCAGAGACGAUCUUCAAAACAUUAAAGGACCUAGUAUACACUUAUGAAAAGCCAAAUCAAGGUCUAAUAACAAACCUUCGCUACCCCGUAGAGAAACGAAAGUCUUCACAAAGAAGCCAGAGGUUCAAGUCGGGAAAGGACGACAUUUAUGACGAAAUUGAUGACAGCGAUUACAUCACUGUCUUACCCUGAAUGAUCUGCAACCUGGUGGUUUGGGAAGCUGCCAUCCCAGCUGUGCCACAGCACAGGAGAUGAGCUGUGGAGAGCUGCCAGCUAGGCAUCCUCUGCCGUGCAUCUCUACCUCAGGAACCGGCGCCUUUGGCGGACUGGCAGAGCAGUUGUAUUUUCUCCCAGUAGAUCCAGUACAUGCUGUGAUAUAUUUUUGUUCAGCAAUAAAAGAAUUAAUUUUUAUAAGACACAUGCAUGCAUAUACAAUAUAUAGGGGAGGGGGAAGGGUAUCUGGGUGCACAUCUGUGUAUUUUGAUUUUUUAGUCAGCCAACUGUCCAAGAUGUCUACUGCUAAAAUGAAUGAUCUGUUAGAAAGCCACAUUAUAAAUACAAUAAAUGAAUUUGCAUAAAGCAGUAGUUUAUGGCAGACCUGAUAUCUGUUGAUAAAAAUGAUACAUAAUAAAAAUUCUAUUGAAUGAUAUGAUGCUUAAAAACCUCUAAACUCUUAUU